CUAUUCGCCAAAAAUCAAAAUGUUUGGGAAGGAAACGAAAGGAAACAAAUACAGCAGAGGAUUCCCCUCAAGAAAAUGGAAAGAAAGGAAAUAGGUUCCCUUCCUGUACUCCCCUAAUUUUUAAACUCUGAACUCUGAAGGAUUGCAGACUUGACAAAGGAGGAAAAAAAUGAGGGUGCUGUUGAUUUUUGUUAAAUUCCUGUUCAUGAUCUUGAUUUUCAGUGCUUGUAAUGGGUUAUCUACUCGAGUCAUUGAACGCAUUCACAGCAGCAGCAACAACAGCAAUUAUUUAACCAAAGACGAGCUCUGGUUCAAUCAGACGCUCGACCAUUUUUCCCCUUAUGUAUUGGCGAAGAAGUUUGGAGCUGCUUUAGUUACACUUGAGCAUCGAUACUACGGAAAGAGUUCUCCAUUCAAAUCCCUAACAACCAAAAACCUAAAAUUUCUUUCAUCUAAGCAGGCUCUAUUUGACUUAGCUGCUUUCCGUCAAUUUUAUCAGGAAUCAUUAAACUCAAAACUCAACAGAACAAAAAUUGAAAAUCCAUGGUUUGUGUUUGGCGUUUCUUAUGCUGGAGCUCUUAGUGCAUGGUUUCGUUUGAAGUUCCCUCAUCUCACAUGUGGGAGUCUAGCAAGUUCUGCUGUAGUUAAUGCUGUUUACAAUUUCACUGAAUUCGAUCAACAGGUUGGUGAGUCAGCAGGACCUGAAUGUAAAGCCGUAUUACAAGAAGUUACUCAACUUGUUGAACAAAAACUUGCAUCUAAUAGCAACGCAUUGAAGACCACAUUUGGUGCUACUCAGCUGAAAAUAGAUGGUGAUUUUAUGUAUUUUCUAGCAGAGGCUGCAUCUAUAGCUUUUCAAUAUGGGAAUCCAGAUAAACUUUGCACCCCAAUGACUGAAGCUAAGAAGGCUGGAGAGGAUCUAGUUAAAGCGUAUGCAAAAUACGUGAAGGAAUAUUAUGUAGGAAGUUAUGGAGCUGAAGUUGAAUCAUAUAACCAAGAAAAACUUAAAAAGACAAACCCAAGUAUGUAUGAAUCUGUUGAUAGGUUAUGGUGGUUUCAAGUUUGUAGUGAAGUUGCAUAUUUCCAGGUGGCACCUUCAAACGAUAGCAUUCGCUCUUCAAAGAUUGACUUAAGUUAUCAUUUGGAUCUAUGCAAAAAUGUAUUUGGAGAAGGUGUGUAUCCGGUUGUUGAUGCAACAAAUCUUUACUAUGGGGGCAAAAACAUUGCUGGAUCAAAAAUAGUUUUUACAAAUGGGUAUCAAGAUCCAUGGCGACGUGCAUCAAAGCAAGUGUCAUCUGAAAGCAUGCCAUCAUAUAUAAUUAGUUGUCAUAAUUGUGGUCAUGGAAGUGAUUUAAGAGGAUGCCCACAGUUUCCUUCACCCCCUGAAGGGAGCUCGAAGAAGUGCAGUUCACCUGAUGCGGUUGAGAAAGUAAGACAUGAGAUGAUACAACAGAUAGAUUUAUGGCUGGCUGAGUGCCACGUAAUUCGUAAGUCUUCAAGUUAGUGGAUGUCUUUAUAAUCAUAGCAUGUAUAAAUGAUGUUGAAUAUUUCUAGUUCACGAUCUUAUUAUGACUUAUCUGUUUUUGAAUUUAAGAUGGGUGGAUCUCGAAAACAUAUAUUUUAAUAUUAGUUGCUUUUAA